CGCGCUCAAACGCUCGUCGACCACGCCCACUCCGAUAAGGCCCUGGUCAAGGCUCCGUCAAGCGACGCAGUUAGCGCGCGACUGAGCACGACUGGCGCGUCCUUCUCUAUCAAGAUGCUGUCAUCGAGCAGAGCCAGCCCUUCGCUCACUGCAUACGGCGAAUCCGACACCGGUGACAACGCUGCGAUCAACGCGCUAAGCUUGUCGAUCAGCUCGUCGACAUCGCGGCCUGCACCAGCGUCGACCACCUCUACGUCAACGGGAUGCAAGGCUCCGGAUUCGACACUGGCCGUGUCGUCCAGGCUCAAGAACUCGGCCGUGAUGGAUGAGAGCCCGACGAAGGACAGUACAUCCAACUUGAAGGAUGUACCAACUUUGUCAGCAUUGUCAACGAGUACUGUGACUCGCGCGCGAGACGAGCUGUCUCAGUCGAGCUCGUACGAGCGGUACAGGCCUCCCGUACUGUGUGAUCAGGCCCCAGUCCGUGCACACCAGGAGUCAAGCUCACAGGCGCAGGAACCUUCGGCCGACAAGCAAGACCAAAACCGGCCUGCGCCCGAGUCGAAGGUGGAUGACACAUCCGCCUUGGACAUACCGACAUAUUCUCGGCCGGAAAGCCGCCGCACGUACGAAGGGUUGACCUCGAACGUGCGCGGUACAUCCUCCAUCAAGACGAUGUCGCCAAGCAUAGCGAGCUCGUCGACACCACUGCACAGGUCAGCUUCGACAAUCCGCGAGCACGACGGCGUGAAGAAACACAGUACACCCACUCUGUUGGAUGUACUGCCAUCUUCACGGUCGCCAGUCUCGUCGAAGACUAGGAAGCCGGGCAUGUCGUCCAGCACAGGGACGAGCAAGUCUGUCCAUCAGCUUUGAUCGCGGAGACCUGCGUGGACGCAAGUCCAACCUCGACACAUUUGCGUCGAAUCCCUACACGUUGGGUACCCGCCGCACGUACGAGGAACCAACCUCGCGUGCGCGCACGACCUUGACCGCCAAGACCACCAAGCGGGUCAUC